AUGGCGGUCUCCUGCGUGGCCGUGCUGGUGAUGGCCGCAUCCUUGCUGCUGCUGCUGCUGGUCCCGUGGAAGCGCUGGCGGCGGGGGCGAGCGGAUUGGCACGUGAUCAUUGUGGUGCUGGGCGACGUGGGCCGCAGCCCCCGCAUGCAGUACCACGCACUGUCGUUUGUCAAGAGCGGCUUCUCCGUGACCCUUAUGGGCUUCUGCAACUCCAGACCCUAUGAUGAGCUCUUGCAGAACAACAGAAUUCAGAUUGUGAGUUUGACAGAACUUCCGAAACUUGCAGUUGGGCCCCACAUUUUUCAGUAUGGAGUCAAAGUUGUUUUUCAGUCAGUGUACCUGUUGUGGAAGUUGAUGUGCAGGGAGCCAGCAGCCUACAUCUUUCUCCAGAACCCCCCGGGCCUGCCUGCCAUUGCUGUGUGCUGGCUUGUGGGCUGCCUCUGUGCAAGCAAGCUCGUCAUUGACUGGCACAACUAUGGCUACUCCAUUAUGGGUUUGGUGCAUGGUUCCAGCCACCCGCUUGUUCUGCUGGCCAAGUGGUACGAGAAGCUCUGUGGGCGCCUGUCACACCUGAACUUGUGUGUGACCAACUCGAUGCGGGAAGAUCUGGCACAGAACUGGGGCAUCAAGGCCGUGACCGUCUAUGACAAGCCAGCAUCUUUCUUUAAAGAGACGCCCUUGGGCCUGCAACACCGGCUCUUUAUGAAGCUGAGCUGCACCUACUCUGCAUUCAAGGCCUGCUCAGAACCCCUGGACCCAGACACAGAGAGGUCGGCCUUCACAGAGCGGGAUCCUCAGAGUGGGGUGGUGACACAUCUUCGUGGGCGGCCGGCCCUGUUGGUCAGCAGCACGAGCUGGACAGAAGAUGAAGACUUCUCCAUCUUGCUGGCAGCAUUAGAAAAGUUUGAACAGCUGAUCCUGGAUGGAGAGAGCCUUCCUUCUCUGGUCUGUGUGAUAACAGGCAAAGGGCCUCUGAAGGAGUAUUACAGAGGCCUCAUCGGCCAGAAGCAUUUCCAGCACAUCCAAGUCUGUACUCCGUGGCUGGAGGCUGAGGACUACCCCCUGCUUCUAGGGUCGGCAGACCUGGGUGUGUGCUUGCACAAAUCCUCCAGCGGCCUGGACCUGCCCAUGAAGGUGGUGGACAUGUUCGGGUGCUGUCUGCCCGUGUGUGCCGUGAACUUCCAGUGCUUACACGAGCUUGUGAAACAUGACGAAAAUGGCCUGGUCUUUGAGGGCUCUGAGGAGCUGGCGGCUCAGCUGCAGAUGCUUUUCUCAGCGUUUCCUGAUCCUACUGGCAAGCUAAGCCAGUUCCGGCAGAACCUCCGGGAAUCAGAGCAGCUUCGUUGGGAUGAGAGCUGGAAGCAGACGGUGCUGCCUUUGGUUAUGGACACAUGA